AUCUAAGGUCACUUGGACUCAAACAGAAAUACUGAACAGUGAUUAACAAGAUCGGUUCAACGUUCAAGGUUUCCCACAAUGCAUCAGUCCAACAACGUGCAUAUAUAUAUAUCAGAAAUUCAGAAGCAAAUAACAGACUUCGGAACGAGCAACAGACGCACAGAGCUGAAAUGGAAGAUCUGGGGAGAUGUUCCACUCUGUCGUUCUCUUUCAUCCUCUGCUUCACACUGUGGCUCACACCUGGAGAAACCUACAACUAUUGGGAUCAAUGCAUUGACGAAUGUCCGGCGAAGUAUUUCACCUCCACGUACGAUUUGCCGUGUAUAGACGGCUGUGAAAAGCGCGGUUCUGACUACUACUGGUGCGAUACAAGAGUGGGCUGGGACUACUGCUCACCAGCAGAGCACAUUGAAUCCAAAGGCAGCCACUGUAACAAUCCCUGUGACAAAUAUGGAGAAAGAUACAACUGGUGUAAGUUGUGGGCAGGAAACUGGGGCUAUUGUGGUCAGGUGGAGCCGAGGGCAAUGAUUUAUUACACCAGGUAUGGGAAAGAAUGCACUGAAGAGUGUCGGUACUAUGAGUCAGGGGAUUACUUCUGGUGCUAUACUGAACAUGACUGGGAGUACUGCUCACCUCUACAAGACCACACCUACAAGAAUGAGCCUUGUCGCUCCAAUCACAAGUGUGAAAGGCAUGGUGAGAGUUACACCUGGUGCUACACAACAGACAACAAUGACUGGGAUUACUGUGGAGUGAUCGGUCCUGGAGAGUGUGCGUUUUCCCAGAGGCACCGCGCCAAACGACAACCCAAUAAUCCAAGAGUGAUCUGUACCAGGGAAGACAACAACAACAACAACGACAACAACAACAACAACAACAACAACAACAGGAGAGUGACCACUUUCAAAGACAUGGGAGGUGAAGAAGAUCUCAUAAUACCCUCAAAAAAGUUAUUGAAAGAGGCCUUAGAAUUAAUUAGUCAAUGGAACAACCAACACUUGAAUGAACAGUCCAGGUCCCGCUUGAUAAUGUCGACCAAUCUUCGUAUUGACAACCAGGGGCCGUGCCUCAACAGUAACAAUCAGCGGUGUCACAACAUGCAAAUCCAGUGGAACAAAAAACGCGAAAAAAGAGAAAGCACCACUCUGGCACAGAUCACAGUUCCUUUUGACACGUCAGCUGACUUCAUGCGUUUGGCCUUCAGGGAGAGUUUAAUGGGCAGAUUCCAUGUGGAAGUAGAAGAAAACGACGUACCAAACGCCCCCCCAAACCCCCCCCGAAACAACAACCAAAGAUGCUGUAAACGUAAAAAAAAAAAAAAGGAUUAUAACUCAGACCUAUGAUUAUUACAAAUUAACUGGCACAGUGUCAGAAUGAGUGAGUCAACAUGAAGCUCUCGAGAAGUUUUCUUCACAGCUUGAUCAAUAAUCAAACUUUUCAUCAGAUAAUGAAUUUGUACUAUUCUGUGUGUUCUUUUGUAACAUUGUGAGAACAAUAACAUUUAGUUUUGGUAUUUUUGUAUCAGAAUGAUCAAUAGUUCAUGGCCACAUCGUUUAAGGCUUUAAUGAGCAUUUUUUGAACACUUCUAAUACAAGAGAACAUUAUAUAUAUUGUUAAGAUUUUGAAUCUAUGUUUGUUUGUGUGUGUGUGUGUGUGUGUGUGUGUGUGUCUGUGUAGAUGGCAAUAGAACUGAAUAUUAUACUGUUAACUCUUCAUUGCUUCUUAAUAAAUACUUGAUCAGAA